AUGGCUGCAGACAAGACAGUAGCGGACGAUCUCACGACGUCCCCCGAACUCAGCGAUGCUGACAGGGCUCUUGCGGAGAUGGGCUACCAGCCUGUAUUCAAGCGGGAGUUCUCCAUGUGGAGUUGUUUUAGCUUUGCGCUGAGUAUCUCGGGUCUGUUCGCGACCGUUGCAACGACCUUCAGCUAUCCACUCUACGCUGGUGGUGGUGCCGCGGCCAUCUGGUGCUGGCUCAUCGCGGGAUUUGGCGCCCUGUGCCUCGCGCUGUCAAUUUCAGAGAUUGUGUCUGCUUAUCCGACCUCCGGGGCGCUUUACUUCACGAUCAAGUACCUGGCGCCAGAGAAACACAUCCCAUGGAUUGCUUGGAUUGAUGGCUGGCUCAACCUCAUCGGCCAAAUUGCAGGCAGUGCCUCCUCAGAAUAUGGCGCAGCUCAGAUGUUGUUAGCUGCCGUUUCCCUGGGAUCCUUCGACGGGACCGAUUAUCAUUUCGUCCCGCUGCCGGAGCACAUCAUUGGCACGAUGAUUGCGCUUGUUAUCUUCCAUGCUUGUAUAAACACUCUUUCUACCGCUUGGUUGAAUCACCUCGCGAAGACUUACGCUGUCUUCCAUAUCGGCAUCUUGUUCAGUGCCUGUGUGGCCCUCCUCGUUCUGCAGAAAGACAAACAUGAUGCUGCCUAUGCCUUCACCUACAUCGACCCGGCCCCUUUGUCAGGUUGGACCCCUCCGGGAUUCUCGUUCCUUUUCGGGUUCUUGUCUGUUGCUUGGACCAUGACCGACUAUGACGCUACCGCGCACAUUGCGGAGGAGGCGAAGAACCCUGCCGUCAUCGUACCUCGAGCUAUCUCGUCUGCUCUCACGUUCACCUAUGUUGUCGGCUGGCUCUUCAACAUUGUCUUAGUUUUCUGCAUGGGCGACCCGGCGACGAUCCUGGCCAGUCCGAUUGCACAGCCCGUGGUCGAGAUCUUCUUCCAGGUUAUGGGCAAAGGUCCUGCCAUUUUCUUUGCGGUGUCGGCGUUUAUUAUCAUGAACUUCGUCUGUAUCACGGCCCUUCAGGCGGGAUCCCGUACGAUCUGGGCCUUCUCCAGAGAUCAGAUGCUGCCAGGAUCCUCGGUGUGGUACAAGAUCUGGAAAAAGACAGACACACCAGUCCUCGCCGUAUGGUUCUACUCCCUCCUUUGCAUCUUGAUCAACCUGAUUGGCCUCGGAAGCUAUACCGCAAUUUCGGCGGUUUUCAAUAUUUGCGCCAUCUGUCUUGACUGGUCCUACUGCAUCCCGAUCAUAUGUAAGCUCUGCUUCAGCAAGUUUGAGCGUGGCCCUUGGCAUCUCGGGAAGGCCAGCCCCUUUAUCAAUGCCUGGGCUUGCAUAUGGACAGCUUUUGUCUCCGUCAUCUUCCUGUUCCCCACGGCCAUGCCAGUCGCAGCUGGCACUAUGAACUACGCCGUCGUGAUCCUAGCUUUUGUUGUACUCCUGGCUACCAGCUAUUGGUUCUUGCGAGGCAACAAGUACUACACUGGCCCACGCAGCCAUGCGCACGUGGUAAACGGUGGCGUUGUUGUGGAUGGAAGCCAGGAAAAGCCUUCUGACUCGGAGAAAGCAAUCGCCAGUGGUCGACAGGUCUACGCUUAG